AUGGCUAGUGAGAGAUCUGUACCAGUGAUAGAUUUAUCACUGCUGAAGGAUCAUAGGGAGGAAUUAAUUUCGGAUUUGAAACAUGCCUUGUUGUUUUGGGGUUUUUUUUAUAUUGAAAAUUAUGAUGAUUUAUUAGAUGAUAAUAUUAUCCAACUGGUGGUUGAACAAGGUGGUAUAUUCUUUGAUGGGUCUGAUGAUGCUAAACGUGGUGUUGACAUUGUAAAAUCCAGAUCUUUUUCUGGCUUUGAAAAAACUUCUGUUGGUGAUGGUCAAGUUCAAAAUUUCCACUCACAUUAUCCAAGUGAUGGCAAAAAUAAAAAUCAACUAACCGGUUCAAAUAAUUUUCCUGAAAAACCUAUAUUGUUUGAGCAAUCCACAAAUCAACUUAUAGAUCCAGUACAAGUAAUAUGCAAACAUCUGAAUGAUCUAAUACUUGAAAGUUUGACAAUAUAUCAUACCUCAAUAGCAUCAAAAUCCUCCAAACUAAAACCUGAAUUUGCUGAAAUUCAUCUUUUCAAGUCUGAUCACAAUACCGGAACCCCCUCUUUAGCAACAUUUCAAAGUUAUGAUCUUUUUAAAUUAAUUUUCAAUCCACCUAAAUUAAAUAUUUGUGAUGUUUAUGGAUCAUGGGUUGAAUCACCAUCAAAAUCAAAUCAAAUUGCAAUUAGCAUUGGUCCCAUUUUAGAGUAUCUUUCAAAAGGUAUUUACAUAUCUGGUAAAUUCAAAUUCACAAAUCAAGUUGAGACUCAUACACAAUUACACUAUAGAUCAUUUUAUAAUUUAGACUUUAAUUUCAAAACUUUUGAUAUUCCAGAGGAACUUGAAAUUGAAAGACAAGAAAGAGAUAAAAUUCCAAUUCGCAAACACUCACUAAACAUACCCAAGUCAUCAACUAUAUCACAAGCCUUACUCAAUGAAAAAAUCAUACAUUUCAAAAAUGUUUCACAAAAAUGGUAUCCUGAUACUCUGAAACACUUGGAAAAUGAACUAAACCAACAAAAUGCUUCCAGAACCAAUAACAACAACUAUCUUAUAGAAUCAAUCGAAAAGGCUAACUCCAUAUUUAGUACUUUUGAUAAAAUCGUUCCACAUCUUGCAAGAAAUAGAUCAUCAGAUAUCAAAUUAUCAGAAGUAUUAAUUCAAAUGAAAAAAUUAAAAGGUUUCACCGUUACUGAAGAAGAUUUACUUAAAGUUGCUACAAUUUGGGUAGAUGCAUUAUGUUUCAAACUUAAUGAAUAUGAUGAUAUUAUAAUAGAUUCUGAUAAGGCAAAAGAUGAAUUUCAAUAUAAAAAUUUCACCAAGAGGAAAGAAAUAUUUGAAUCAAAAUCUGAAUCUUGGAUCUCUCAAAAUAAACAUUUAAAUGAUAUUCCAAUUUAUUCAAGAUCUAAAUUAGAAUCACCAAAUUUUACAUCAAGUACCAAAAGAGUUAAAAGAGAAAUUUUACAAAAUUCUAAAGAGAAAUUCCAAGCCAAACCUAAAACUGGAAUACCAGCUUCAUCAUCUUCCAAAACAGAAACAAAAGGGUUAACAUUAUUAGAACGUAUCAAAUUAAAAGAACAACAAGCUUCAGAGAAUAAAGUUACACCAGAGAUCAAAUAUGAUAAUUUCUUACAAGGUAAAUUGAAAAAUGUUUUACAAGUUGUACUAUCAUUAAAACCAAAUACACCUUAUAAAAUUGAUAAAUUAUCUGAAACUUUACAAAAUAGUUUAACUAAAAAUCCAAUUGGUGAAAAAGAAGCAUAUGAUUGUACACUUUAUUUAAAUAAAAAAUUUCCUCAUAUUUUCAAGCUUGUGGAAACUUCGGAUUCAAAAAUUUUAAAAUGGGAUGAAUUAGAUAGAGAGGAGUUGUUAAGUCAAGUAUAA